AUGGCGAUAAGCCAAUUGCAGAAGGUUAUCGAAAGACUCGGUCCAUGGCAGCACAAUACUUCGGGUCAAAUCUUUCGAGUGCCCUCUUUGAUGGAUUCAUUUUCCUUUGUCUACGUCAUUCCUCGCCCGCUCAUCCCCCAAUAUAAUUCGGCUCCGGAAGAGAGAGUGUCCUUUACAUCUGGUCUCGAACACCUUGAUCUUACGCCAUACACGCUUCUCGGGCGUCGCUUUACACAGAGUCCCCUUCAUCUCGGCGCCCUGCGAAGCACCCUGAGUGGAGGGAGGGAGGUUGAAGUUUUGGCUGAUGAGGUUGCAAACUCCUUCACCACCUCUUGGAAAUAUCCUACGCAAUGGACAGAAAUUCCGAACCUUUACUACAGCCUUUUGGACAUCAUCACUCGCAAUGUGAAUCGCGCUUAUGUGGGACCUGAAUUCUGUCCGUUUCAACCCUGA